UUUGUCUCGUGUAUUUUAAAGAUGUUUGGUAAAAUGUAGUGAGGCACAAACAGGAGGCUGAGACGGUGCGGAGCGAGCGAGCGAGGGAGGAAGAGGGAGAUAGAUAGAGCGAUCUAGCUAGCGAGAUCUUCAAUUUAGGGUUUUGAGUUUCGUUUUCAUCAAGGGAGGAGAAAGUGUGAGAUUUUUAGAGAGAGGGGUGUGAGAACGCUGAGAGAUACCAUUACCCCAAGAGAACGAGCGUUUCAAUCUAUUUCUUUGCGCUUUGUUAAGUUUCAGAUGGAGCAGAGAAAACUUGUGGUUUUGGGUAUCCCUUGGGAUGUUGACACUGAGGGCUUGAAAGAAUACAUGAGCAAAUAUGGUGAACUAGAAGAUUGCAUUGUCAUGAAGGAGCGUUCAACUGGACGAUCUCGUGGUUUUGGAUAUGUUACAUUUGCUUCAGUAGAUGAUGCCAAGGAAGUAUUGUCAGGUGAACAUGUUCUUGGUAAUAGGAUGCUUGAAGUCAAAGUGGCUACACCAAAGGAGGAGAUGAGGGCACCAGCCAAAAAAGUUACCAGAAUUUUUGUGGCCAGGAUUCCACAAUCAGUAACAGAAACAACUUUUAGAAGUCAUUUUGAGAAAUAUGGAGAUAUAACAGAUUUGUACAUGCCAAAGGAUCAAGGCUCAAAGAUGCAUCGUGGAAUUGGUUUUAUCACUUUUGCAAAUGCAGAAUCUGUGGAGAGUUUGAUGUCAGAAACCCAUGAACUCGGAGGUACUGCUGUAGUGGUUGAUCGAGCUACACCUAAGGAAGAUGACAUUAAGUCGACUGGCAGGAUGUCCCAGGGAGGAUAUGGUGCAUACAAUGCAUAUAUUUCUACAGCAACUAGAUAUGCAGCACUCGGAGCUCCUACCUUGUACGACCAUCCUGGCCCAAUUUAUGGAAGGGGAGAGCCUCGUCGGAGAAUUAGUAAAAAGAUUUUUGUUGGUCGCCUCCCCCCUGAAGCAAAUUCUGAGGAUCUCCGUCAAUAUUUUGGAAGAUUUGGCCGUAUAGAAGAUGUUUACAUUCCUAGAGAUCCUAAGAGAACAGGUCACAGGGGUUUUGGAUUUGUUACCUUUGCUGAAGAAGGUGUAGCAGAUCGUGUCUCUCGAAGGUCUCACGAGAUCUGUGGACACCAGGUGGCAAUAGAUUCGGCCACACCUGUUGAUGAUGCUGGGCCCAGUGAAAAUUUUAUGAUGAGCAGUAUGGAACCUUUUGGAGGAUAUGGUGGUCCAUUGCGAAAUUAUGGGAGGAUGUAUGGUGGUUUAGACUAUGAUGAUUGGGGUUAUGGAGUUCCCAGUGGGAGGCCAUCAAGAGUAGAUUAUCAAGAGCAGCUCGGGAGGCCAUCAAGAGCUGAUUAUCAAGAGCAGCUCGGAAGGCCAUCAAGAGCAGAUUGGAGGUAUAGGCCAUACUAGAAUGGCACAGUUCAAUUGGAGGUGUUGCUUUAUGCUAGUAUCGCUGUCUGGGAACUGUGGUGCAGGUCUUCUAGUAUUAAUUAAUGGAUUAUGAAGUUGUAAGCAUUACAUAUUGGAUUUUACCUAAUUUAUUGUAAUGCAAAAAUUAUUUAUUUUCUUUUUCCUUGAACAAUUAAAGUGCAGACUAUGGCGUCAGUUAGAUCUCUUCAUUGAGAUGAUAAUGGGUUGUAAUUUAUUUUAGAACUACCGGUUAAACCCGAGUUAUGGAAAUGUUCUGUGUUAAACUA